GUGCGAAUUCGCAAUCAGUUCGCUAGUGGGAACCGAUCCAUUCAGAUGGCAGCCGCAGUAGUCCAAAGUUUCGGAGGCCAGGAGAAGCUCUUCGUGAGCCGGGCCACAAUCCAGUUGCAGUUGCCCCAGGGCGGCGCCAGUUCGCCCAUCUUCGAGUGGCGCACAGAGGUGGCCACGCCUACGCCGGCGCCAGUUCCCGUUCCCGCCCACGAGGAGAAGUGCAUUAGUGGCAAGCAGAGCACGGAAGCUGCCACGCCCAAGAGCAAUUACUACACGCCCCCGCGAAUCCUCGGCACAGAGGCGAAGCGCAAGAACCUGCCCCAAACGUUGAGCAACUUCUUCGAGGCGGAGCGCCACUCCAGCGCCUGGAAUCGCGUGACCAAGUAGGCUCCUCUUCCAGUCACAAAGCGACUUCCAAUCCCGUAAAGCAAGCGAAGGGAGGCCUAAUCGAUUAACCCAUUAAGUGCCAAGGGCUGCAGGAUAGUGAAAUUCCAUUCCGUUGCCAAAAAUUCCAAUUCAUGCCCCAAAAUUGCUUGCUUACCCAGGGAUUGGAGUGGGAUUCGAAUGGGUGGAUAGAAAUGGCCAGGAAAAUGAUAGCAAGGGCUGAACGAACUAUGUAUAUAAGCAUCCCAUGAAUAUUUAUGUGCCACCCCCUCUUGUACCCUGAUAAUGCAAUAAAAGUAUUAUUUGAUAGAUAAA